GUGUGUUUGUGAUCGCAAUUAAAAAUGCAUAGCCUCUCUCCAAACAGUGUCCUGACAAGCCUCUUGUGGUUAUUGGGUAUCAGUCAUUAAAAAUUAGUGAAGAGAGAGAGAAAGAGAGAGAGAGAGGGCAAAGCGUGGCCCAGGUGGGUGUCAGGUUCCUGAUUCCGGCUGUGAAUGAAUUUUUCAGAGUCCCAUUACUUCUCCAGACACCAGUGCUGAUGUCUUCACGCAGUAAAGGCUGACGCUGCCAUUGUCUGUCUCUGCUGUUAUGGUAGCUGAGGUGUGACAAAUGCCAAAUCAACACUAAAAACAUGAGUCUGAAGGUGGCCGUGUUGAUUAAUUUACUCCUAGCUGUUGACCAGGCGGAUUCUAUGAAAGGUGUCAAAUGUGGAGGAAUCCUGAGCGCUCCAUCUGGCAAUAUCUCCACUCCAAACUUCCCAGGCCUGUAUCCCUACAACACCAAGUGCUCGUGGCUGAUUGUUGUGGCCGAGGGCUCCUCCAUCCUACUCACCUUUAACUUCUUUGAGCUGGAGUUCCACGGCAACUGUGCGUACGACUACAUCAAGAUCUACAAUGGCAUGGCGAGGGACGAAGGAAACCUCCUGGGGACGUUUUGUGGGGACAUCUCGCCUCCGCAGUUCACCUCCUCCUGGAACGUCAUGUCCAUAAUCUUCCACUCAGACCGCCACGUGGCCUUCAGAGGCUUCAACCUCAGCUACAGAAAAGAUAUGUGUGGUGGGGUUCUUAAAGGCCUGUCUGGGGUCAUCUCCAGUCCAGGAUACCCUCAGGAGUACAGCAACAACGCCGACUGCUCCUGGACGAUUCACGUGUCCAACACCAGCGUCGUCAGUCUAGUCUUCAUAGACUUCCAGCUGGAAAACAACGAAGGAUGCAACUUUGAUUUUGUCGCCCUUUUCGAUGGACCGACAGUCACCCAUCGCCACCUUGGCAACUACUGCGGGGCAGACAGACCACCCAACAUUGUCACCACCUCCAACCAACUACUGGUGGUCUUUAAGUCUGACUUCAACAUUGGGGGACGAGGCUUUAAGGCGCACUAUUACUCAGGUGAAUGCCAACAGGGCCUGUCAGCUGUGAGCGGCAACUUCACCAGUCCUCAUUUCCCCAGCAUUUAUCCAAACAACAUCAACUGCCACUGGAGCAUCACUCUUGCAGCAGGAUACCGUAUCAAACUCUUCUUCCCAGUGAUGGACUUGGAGGACCGUGACCGCCUGUCAGAGGAAUGCGACUAUGACUCUGUGUCGGUUUACGACGGCGCCAGUCAGACCGACGCCCUGCUGGGGCGCUGGUGUGGCAGAGAGCAACCUUCCUCUCUCAUCUCAAAAGGCAACAAGCUGCUGGUGGUACUGAACACAGACAGGAAUGAAGCCCACAGAGGGUUUGCUGCAUCCUAUCUUGGAGUGGUACCUGUAAAUGUCAGCUGCACAAGAUCAGAAUUCACCAUCCUGAUCCCCCAGCAGUCUCUACCCCAGCUGGACCGUGAGAACAUCUACCUGGGAAACCCAUCGUGUACAGCCCAGUUAACAGCCACCUCCUACAAAAUACUGGCUCAGUUCGUCAACUGUGGAACUGCCAGUCAGAAACAUCGCAACAUCACAAUGCUGGUGAACAAACUCUACAUUGACUUCUCGGACGGGAAGCAGCAGAACAUUCAGGAAUACAAGGUGCAAUGUGACGCCCUGAGGAAAAUAGCAUCGGUGUCCAUUGUCUCUGCUGAGGAACGUCGCCAGGAAAAAAAGACCCAACAAAUCGACAAUGACGCCGGCGGACAUGUAGGGGAGCAUAGAGCCGAGCCUCACGAUUUGAGUGACAUCGUCUUCAUUAGCAUUUGUGUUCUGGCUGUCAUUCUCAUGGUGAUCGCCAUUGUGUGGCUCGUGUUGCUAUAGUAAAGGAAAGGGUCCACAGAAAAGGGU